CAAUCUUCGCCGAACUGAAAACAAAAUGCAGAGCUCGAUAUUUGAAAAAAUGAUUGAGUUACGAGGAAUAUAUAAUUAUUACGAUAGGCGGCAUGGCAGACGUGUGUAGAUAUACAGAUAUUACAGGAAUCCCAUAACACCAUGUAAGUGAGUAAAAUUGCUGCAGAAUGUUUGGUUGACGCAGGUGAGUGACAAUCCAGAAUGUUUGGACUACACGGGUUGACGAGGCCCCAGCGCCUCGUCCUUGGAAUCGUGGUUCUACUCAUUGUAGACCUUAUUUGGGUUGCAUCUGCAGAACUUACAGAGUACCUAUUCAAGAGGAAGCACUUCAAUAAGCCAUUUUUCACAACAUAUUCCAAGACGAGCAUGUUCGUAUUAUAUUUAGUGGGCUUUAUUGUGUGGGAGCCCUGGAGAUACCAAUGUAAAUAUGGCAAUGUGAAAGCUAACUCUACACCGCCAGCAGACGGCAGCAGUGUGGGGAACUCGGAUGCCGACACUUUGAGUGAGCCUGUGUUUAUUCCAAUCAAAUUUGAUGACAAAGCUAGCGGGACAGAGUCUGAUGACUCUGCAGCAAAUCACACUCUCAACAGAUCAGUGAGAUUUAGCAAAGUGUCUGAAGUCCGCCAACUUUCAGAGACAUAUGCAGAGGAGGCUGUCAUCGCUCGCCUGUCAUAUUCCGCCUCCCUGCGGGCAGAGGAGGCAAGACUGAGAGCCAUGAGUAAACUCACUAUAAAACAGGUGGCAAAAAUGGCAUUCCUCUUUUGUUUGAUGUGGUUCUUUGGUAACUAUGCCUACCAGCUUGCGUUGUUGGAUACAGAGGCAGGAGUGGUGAAUGUCCUGUCAUCCACUUCUGGUCUCUUUACUCUUGUGUGUGCAGCCAUCUACCCAAGCUCAGGGGCUGACCGAUUUACCUUGUCCAAACUAGUGACAGUACUCAUUAGUAUCGGUGGGAUCGUGAUGGUGUGUUUAUCGGACAAGGAGCUUGACACGAACAUACCGGUGGGUGCCCUCUGGGCACUUUGUGGAGCCAUGCUGUACGCGCUCUAUCUUGUUUCCCUACGACGUCGUGUCGAUCAUGAGGAUAAACUCGACAUUCCAAUGUUUUUUGGGUUUGUGGGUCUGUUCUGUAUGCUGCUUCUCUGGCCAGGGUUCUUCAUGUUACACUUCAGUGGAUCGGAGGACUUCGAGUGGCCCAACGGGGAGCAGUGGUUGUAUAUAGUUUUAAAUGGCAUAAUUGGGACUGUGCUUUCUGAGUUUUUAUGGUUAUGGGGCUGUUUUUUAACAUCAUCAUUGAUUGGUACUUUAUCCCUAAGUCUCACAAUACCACUCACCAUGAUGGCUGAUAUUGUUAUAAAAGGGGUUAAUUACACGUGGAUGUUCCAUGUUGGUACGAUACCUGUUUUUGUGGCCUUCUUUGGCGUGACUUUCUUAACACAUUACGAAAACUGGGAUCCUGUGUUGAUAGGAUGUAGGAAACUUUUACACUGUAUCUGUCGACGACGACCUGUUUUACCAAGAGUACGAGAUAUGGAUCGGGAACAAACAGAAAGCCUCAUAGAUGUCGCAGGUACUCACCAGUGACGUUGUCUACUCUCAGGACUCGGCAGUAUCAAGCUUAUCUACCUAAUGACAUGAGAAGCCAAAUGUUCAAAUUAAUGUUUAUUAAACAAGUGCUGAUAGAGUAUUUUUGUGUAUGUCAUACGGAGGUGAUCAUUUUUAAUCCUUGAACAUGCCUGUCUUGUUCUUAGUUUUAAAGAUUAUAUAAUUACCAGUCAAUCACAUCUUACCUUUAUGUGUCAUUAAGCUUUAGGUUCCCCGUACCACUGUGACAAGGAAUCAGAAACACGUUACCUACUUAAAUAAACAACAGUGUUAUGAGGGUCAAAAAGCAGUGGAACCAGGCGGCAAAAACACUGGCCAUUUGUCAUAAUACAAUCACUUUAACUAACUUAGCUACAGGUGCCAGGUCUUUAUUAGGUGCAGCUUUAAUGCAGCUAUUCCGUCUAUUGCGAUAACUGAAACACAUAAUUUUAUUUUUGGUCUGACUCUAUAGUCUAUAGUCUAUAGUACCAAUGAUAACUGUAUACGUGUGACAAAAUCUACCAGUAUUUAACCCUUACACCACUGUAGACUAUAAUGGACUCAUCCAGAUCAAUGCAUGGUAGAGUCGACUAAAGUUACAUAGGAGUGGACAGGUUACUAUAACUAUAAAUGGUAACAAACUUUUCAUUGAUUCAUAUAUUAAAUUAGAUUUAAAGUAUGUAUAUUUUACUUAACAUGUUAUGUAUACCAUAGGUUUCUGCCUCCAUAAAGUCAGAGGUGGAGGUUUCCUUACACUCUGUCUGUUUAACUCAUUCACCUCUGAAAUUUCAUAAUGAACUAUUCCAACCUUUGAUUUGGAAGAGUUCAAAAGUGUCUUCAGGGGUGAAUGAGUUGAGGAAAUUUUGUGAGAACUCUUUUUUCAAAGGAGGGGUGGGGGGUGGGGGGGGUAUUGAUACAUAUUCCAAAUGGAAAAUCUAUGAAGAAUUUUUUACAAAUUAAAUAGCAUUUGUAUACCUAAAAAUUAACUACUUGGUAAGUACGAGGAGAAAUUCUUCAAAUUAUUCAUACGGGAGAAUUACAAGGGGGUUUCAUUAGCUUGAAGAAGGAGACUUGACAGCUAUGAUAUUGCAAAAAAAAUAACAUGCAUCAGAUACAAUCAGGGAAGAAUGAAAAAAUGUGGUAUACACAACAGAUUGAUGUAUUAGAUACAAACUUCAGACGAUCACUAAAUACUGAGGCUGUGCAUACAUUUAUCCAUUGUUUAUUAUAAAUGUAUUUGUUUGUGUGGAAAAGGCAUUAGCAGUAGUUGGACAUUUGUUAAUUGAAGGUAUAACCUGUUAUUUCUUGGCAUAUGUAAUAUAAGUAUAAACUGCAUGGUUGCUGGUAUACUCUGGAUAUUAUACUGUAUUUACAUUUAAAGGAAUAUUUGUAAAAAGAAAUAGCGACAGACAAAAUGAAAGUGUAAUGAAAGUGUGUUGUGAUGAUGAUGUAUGCUGUCACCGGAAACGGAGAUAAAUCCUGAUAUGGUAUUUAUAAGUUGACAAAUUGUCAGCACAGCAACAUGAAAAAUUAAAUAGCAUUCCAUUUGAUAACUUCUCUCUGAUUUUCAUUACUUAGUUCAUGUUGUAUUUUUGCAUGAAUUAAAAUUGACUAAAUAAGUACUGAGAGUAUGAUUGGUCUAUCAGACACAUAUUACAGUAUACCAGGAUAUUUAUUCACUUUCACCUUUUUCACCCAACACAAUAAGGGUGAAAUUAUAAUGACAGUAAAAUCUAGUACAAAACAUACCAUAAACCGGUGUAUAGGUAAAUGUCUGUGUGACUUACAUGCACACUUAUAGUGUGGCAAGUUUUUGUCAAAUUAAAUGAUAGUUUUAUCACGAUUUUAAGUGAAUUUCAUACUUCUGUCUUACGAUUCAGACCUUUUUAAUUUAAGUUUGAGAUACAGUAUUGAAAGAUUUUAUAAUAUUUUUUCUUUGAAAAAUAACCACAAUAUUUUCUAUUGUUCUAACAGUGAAGUAUGCUGGAAAUCCGUCUUUAACAAAAGGGUUUUACAUUGCUCAAUAAACGUUAGUUAUAUUUACCAAAAAUUUCAGAAAACUGAUUUAAUAUUGUAUCAAUAUAAUAUUAUUGACUGUAACUUGCUCAUAAUGGUUUGAUAUAACAAUUUUAACAAAACAAAUUACAAUUGCCCAUGAUAGAACACGAUAAACAUUUAUCAAAUUGACUAUACAUGCUACUGCAUCACAGGAAGUUUUUGUUGUAUGUACUAAGUUUACUGUUUUCACUGUGGAGACACAUCAAUGUAGGCACAUGUUGACAGAUGUUCUCAUGUACAGCCUAAGAUAAGGGGGUAUCAAUGAAAUAGUUUGUAAAAACAAAAAAGUGAAAUGAUUUUCAUUUCGUAUUAUUGAGUCCAUUAAAACCUGGUUAUACUGCCACCAUUGGGUAGGAGAAAUUUUGGCAUUAUAAAAGGCUUUUGCAAUAAAUUGAGGGAAACAUGUAAAAUAAUUCUUAAGGAAACGAAAAAAAGGGCCCUUGAAACAUGUUGGCAGUAAACAAGGUGGCAAAUGAAAAGAGGGGCAUUAUAUCAAGGUUUAACUGUAUUUCUGUUGUAACCACUAUUUCCACAGUCUGAAGAAGUAGGAUGAUCUCGUAUAAAACAUGACAUCACUCUUAAAUGACUAUAGAGCUUGAAAAUCAGAUUGUGUCUGAAAAUAAAGUGUUGGUUGUUUCAAUUGUAUGGUUGAUGAUUCAAUAUUGGUUGUUAUAUAGAAAUCUUAAUUAACCCUUUCACCACUAUAGACCAUAAUGGAUUCAUCCAGAUUAAUGCAUGGUAGAGUCUACUGAAGUUGUAUAGGGGUGAAAGGGUAAUUUAUAAUGUUUGUUACAUAGAAAUCUUUGAUUAACAGUUACAUUAGUAUAUUUUGAUCACGUGAUAAUGUUUCAUUUUCUUUGUGAAUUACCUGCUGGUGCUGUGCUGAUUGAUGAUUAUGUAAUUAUUUCAAUCAAGUUUUGACGAAACUAGUCUGUAAGCAUUUUCAUACAUAAUACAAGGAUAGUUGAACUUUGAUUUUACAAGCAGAUAUUUCAAAUAUUGAUUUUCAGUCCCGUGGUACUUAAUAUAUUAUGUAUUUUAUUAUCAGAAACUCUGUUGACGUAUCUUUUCAUGCUCUGAGGACUUAAACGAGCUUAGAAGUAUACAAAUGAUUGUGAUAUAUGUAUAAUGAUGUGAUUUUUUUUCAUUUAAAACUCUGAACAAUCUGACUUGGAAUUUCCAGUUCAUUGUAUUUUAUGGUAAAUAUAUACUGAUAUAGAAUUCCAUGCAUAAACUAAACUUAAGAAUUCAUCCUAAUUAAGCCGACUCUAAUAAGAAUAUGAUUUUAAAGAAGAAAUAUUUGCUUUAACUCAUUAACCCCUGAAAUUUCAUAAUGAACUAUUCCAACCUUUGA